GAGAUCUGCUUUAUCGACAGCCGCUUCAAGAUACCGACGUGGUGACUUACGUUCGACCAUUGCGCACUUUGCGUAGUGGCGCGCGCGGCAGCACUGAUAACGGGAAAAGUGGCGAGCGCGGUGUUGAUUGGCCGUCAAAAGUUGUUUACGUUGGGAACCGCAGUUUGAAAGUUGAUGCGACUACCUGGGUGGGACUCGCGGUACACCUCCGGCAUUUACGAUCCGCAUUUCUAGUGCCGGGCCCGACGAUGGUGCGAUACGCCGCCCUGAAAGGAUUGUACGACCUGGAGAAGACAAUCGGCAGCGGCGGCUUCGCCAAAGUCAAACUCGCGACUCACGUCGCUACCGGCGAGAAGGUUGCCGUCAAGAUAAUGGAGAAGACCUCGUUAGGCGAAGAUUUACCAAGGGUGAAGGUCGAGGUGGAGGCACUCAAGACACUGUUGCAUCAACACAUCUGUAGGCUGUAUCAGGUGAUAGAGACGGACAGUCACUACUUCAUGGUGAUGGAAUAUUGUUCCGGCGGGGAGCUAUUCGAUCACAUAGUUGAGAAAAAUAAAUUGUCAGAGUCUGACUCGCGUAAAUUUUUUCGCCAAAUAGUGUCUGCCGUUGUGUAUAUGCACAGUCUGGGAUACGCUCAUAGAGAUCUAAAGCCUGAAAACGUUUUACUGGACAAGGAUGAGAACUUGAAGUUAAUCGACUUUGGGCUAUGCGCGAAACCCAAAAUGGGGAUUCAGGCACAUUUGUAUACCUCCUGCGGUUCUCCCACGUAUGCCGCACCAGAGCUCAUAAUGGGAAGGAAAUAUCUAGGGUCCGAAGUAGAUAUCUGGAGCAUGGGAGUCCUUCUUUACGCCUUACUGUGUGGCUUUUUACCUUUCGAUGACAAUAAUUUAGAGAACUUGUACAAAAAGAUACUUAGUGGCAAGUAUGAAGAACCAUAUUGGUUGUCUAAUGAUAGUAAAACGCUAAUCAAGUCAAUGUUGCAAAUCAAUCCGGCACAGAGAAUCACUAUUCACGAGUUGUGUCGUCACCCAUGGGUUAUGGGAAGUUCUCUGAAAUCUAUAUCAUUCGUUCACAGAACAGAGUUUGAGAAAGAUGACGAGGUGUUGAGUACUAUGUCCGCCAUUUGCGGUGGAAAUAGUUUAGAUAUAUGGAAGAAACUCAGACAGAGUGAUAGGACCGAUUACAGAACAGCUACAUAUCUGCUGUUACUUGACAGAAAAUUACGCGGACUUUCAUUAAAGAUACCGUCUGUAACGAAGUCUCACCUUAAGCAAGAAAUGAAUGGCACAAAUUUUCCACAACGUGCAAUGAUAGCCAACAAUAUGAUAACCAAACUCGAUCAUUCUCCAGGCAGUAGAGCAAACGACAAGCAGUCUCCGAUUGCUGCUACUUAUAAUAUUCUACCUAAAAAAAAUGAAAAUAAGUUUGUAGAACCAUGUACAGCAACAAGAAAAAGAUUACGAAGCAGAGAGUGUGACGAUAUAUCAUCGCCCGUUCCAGCAAAAAGAAUGCUUGAAAAUAGAUCAGCUACUCCAACGCAAUCUUCAACACCAGAUUCCAAAGUUUCUCAGACAUCUACACCCGGUAGUGCAAGAAAAGUUAUAAUGGGUCUAGAACGAGGAUUGAAUCGGGUUAGGCAUGUCCUCACACCGAAAAGGCGAGUGAAGAACGAAAACAGCGAUCCCGAUGAACCAAAUGUAUUGUCGGGGAAGGGUCUUUCUAACGUGUCUGCAACAUGCAGCGGUUGUCCUAAACAUGUCCUCUCGAAGUUACGACGAGCACUUCGGCAAAAGGGAAUAAUGUGCCGUCAGAAAGGAUUUAUUUUGCAAGGGGAAACCGAAGAAUCCUCUCCGGUAGAUAGGAAAGACUCGGCGAAAUCGGUUUCUUCGCAGAAUGUCUGUUCCUUCGAAUUGGAAGUCUGCUUCUUGGAGAUAGGUCCGAGCGGUAAACGAUUAGUCGGCAUUCGUCGGAAGAGAUUAAAAGGCGAUGCGUGGGUUUACAAACGUGUCUGUGAGGAAAUUCUUGCUCUCACUGCAGAAGAUAUUUCCACAGACUCGGAAGUCCCUUCUGAAUCCAAGUGUCCUAUUUGAAAUGGGUCUUUCAUAGUUAUACAUAUCUACGGUGAAGUCUAGAUUUCUCGAUGCGGACUCUCUUGACAAUUUAAUUAUAUGAAAAAUGGACAUCUUAAUAGUUAUAUCUAAUGAUGCCGAGGUUUAUGUUAUAUAAGAAGAAAAUCGACGUUAUGUGCAACAAAUAGGGUAAGACUUGAAAAAUAUGCAAUUCUUAAAUAUAAAAGUGUCCUAAAUAUUAAAUGCAAAUUAGCUAAGAAGAGAUUAUUUUACUCGUAGUGUACAUUUAUUUUCGUUAAAGGGAUAAAACUGUAAGUAACAGAUCUGUAAAGAUCUAUAAACAUAUUAUUUUUUUUUAGGUGCAGGUAGUAGAAAUUAUGUAAUAGAAUAUUUACGUGAUAUGUCAAUUUAAUAAAUUUAUUAUCGCCCCU